UCGGGAGUGGGGGUCGUCAGUGGGCAGCCGUCGGCGAGAGGUGGCGGUGGUUUUGUAAGGUGAAGAAAAGAGGGGUUAAGUGAGCCGUGCCGGGCCGUAGAAGCGAGCUAGCGGUGGCGCGGCCCGUGCUCGUGCCAUAGGGCCUCUGCCAGGCAUUAGUGCGAUCGUUUACAAGAUGGCAGACGGUCCGUCCGCGGAAGACGCGGCUACCGACCUGGGGGACAGUGAUUCUCGUUUAACAAGGGAGCGACACAAACGCGAGGACGCUUCGUUUUCGAUGACGUCUUUGAGCACGGGUCAGGACAUCGCGAGACGCAUCCACGAAGACGCUUCUGUGCUCGAUGGUCAUCCUCAUCAUCGGCAACAACAUCAACAUCGUCCUCCCCGUCGUAAUUGUCAUACCAAUCCUCAUCUUCCUCGUCGGCAUCUUGGUAACCCUAACAACAACAGCAUCAGCAACAACAACAAUAACAACAACAUCAACAACAGCAGCAAUAACAUCGGUAAUCUAAGCAACAACAAUAAUCAUCAUCAUUACCAGCAUUAUCAUCGUCGGGAGCACGAGGAUGAUCAGGCUGAUGGUAACGAACGCGUUAGUAAAAACGAGAGUGGAAGUGGUGUUGGUGUUGACACGAUGUGCGUUGCUCCGUUUACGUCACCGAGCAGGGAAGACUACGAGGAAAACGACGAUGAUGACGACGACGACGACGACGACGACGACGACGACGAGGACGACGAGGACGAGGACGAGGACGAGGACGACGACGACGACGAUGAUGAGGACGAAGACGAAGAGGAAUAUAACGUGGAAGAGAAUGGAGCGAAGAAGGGUGUAUCGAAAAAGUGUUGCGGCUUGGUUCGAAUCGACGUAAUAAAGACGAAAAAUGUAAUAAAGGUGAAAAACGAAGAGAGCGAUAGCGAUAAUAGUAAUAGUAGCGGUAACGGUAGUGGUAAUAAUAAUGGUAGUAGCAGUGGUUCGGAGGGUGGCGCGAUGACCGGUCACGCGACGCGCGGCGGUGACAAUGUCGGUGGUGGGUGUUCGGUCGGUGACGGUCGACGGUCGAGGUCCGCGGCUUUCUUCGACGCGACGGUGAAUUCUCCGAACGAAAGUGCGAGCAAAAUGAACGAGUGCCGCGUAGAUGACGACAACGACGAGGACGGAGACGGGGACGAGGACGAGCAUCGUCACCACGAGCAUCAGGAGCACGCGUUAGUAGAAAAAGUGAAUCGUCUCGGAUGCGAUAAAAGUAGUAGUAGCAGCGAGGCUGGUAUAGACGAGGAGGACGCCUCCGGAAAAACGACGGACGGUAUCGCUAGUGAUGGUAGUAGUAGUGAUGGUGGUAGUAGUGGUAGUGGUGGUGCUGCUGCCGCUGCUGCUGUUUCUGGUUCUGGUGGUGGUGGUGCUGCUGGUGCCGCUGGUGUUACUGCAAAUGGCCUCGUUGCCGGCAGGCAUCAGGGCAGCCCUUUCAAGGGACAGGUUAGGAUGGCCGAGGACACCCUCGUCGGCCCUUGCGGCAAGAAGCGGUGUGCCGAUCGAUACGACAGCUCCGAGAGUUCUGACAGUGGCGUUGCCGUGUCUUGCGGGGAGUGCAGCAGCAGCGGUACCAGCGAUAUCACGGAACCAGGCUCCCCGUGCAGCACGAGCAGCGACGAGGGGGUAGCGAUACGUGGCGCGUCCGCCAGUCCACUUCCGUCCCUACCCAAGCUGGCGCCGUCCUCGCAGAUCAGUACCAGGCCCCAGUGGCCCUGGACCCCGCCACUGGCGGCCACCGCGUGCUCGACCUACAAGAGGCUGAAGGGCGAGCCCGAAGCUGGCACCCUCCCGAGGUCCGGGGCCGCGGACCCGACCUUCCGAGGCACCAUCAAAUCUACCAGCAAGUCUAACGCCGCCCAUCAUCAUCACGAGUCCCAGGGCAAGAUCACCGAAUACUUCAAGACGCAGAUCAAACCUCAGCAACCCAAGAUCAAGAAGAACAGCGAAACCAUGUCGGUGCUGGUUGCGAAAAGUUCGUCGGAAUUUCGGAGGCCAGCGACGGUGCAAAGGAACAAAAGUGGACUGGCCAAGUAUCUAGGUACUGUGUCGCCAAACGGAAGAACGACCUCGACCAACGAUUGGGAAGUUAGAUCUUUGGCAAUGUCUCCUCCACCUACGAAGAAACCACCGCCGGUGAUCGUACCUAGGGCCAAUGGUAAGAUGGACAAGAAGUUGACGAAGCCGGUGCCCAGCCUACCCAUCUCGAAUGACGUACUGAAGAACAUACCGAGCUGUAAAAUCUCGUCCCUCAGGUUGACGUCGGAAGCAACUUCGAACGCGAAAAGUAGCUCGCCACCCUCGACCCCGGCUCCUGCUCUCAGCAGCGACGCCACGGCUCUCGACUUCAAAGGUUGCAUUCUGUCGAAGCCGCACGUGAACGAGAACAAUAACCUGACGAACGGUUGCGGAAGCAUCCUGGGCUCGCUGAGAUCUCAAAGUAGCCAGGAUCCAUUAACGAGGUUGUCCGUACCGGAGGACACGGACGAUAGCAAGGAGAGACAGGUGAGUCCAGCGGACGAGGACGACGUGGAGGAAGAAGAGGAGGAUUCGAGGAGCAGCGAAUCGAAACCAUCCCUAUCGCCGAUACUCUCUGCCCCGACCACCAUACGAUUUCCCGCCAGAGAACCGGAGAAAGACAGACAACAGGCCACGGAUAGCGGAGUCUGUCGAUGGGACAAGUGCGAGGAGAGCUUCGAAUCGAGCGGAGAACUACUCGAACAUCUGCAGGCAGCGCACAUCAACACGCAAACCGGAGGUGAUAAUUUCGUCUGCCAAUGGCAAGGCUGCAAGGUGCAAGGGAGGAGUUCCUGUUCGCGAAGGUGGCUGGAACGACACGUGUUGUCUCACGGAGGCAACAAGCCCUUCCGGUGUAUAGUCGACGGCUGUGGCAGCAGAUUCAGCUCUCAGACCGCUCUCGAAAGGCACGUGAACGGACACUUCAAUCAACCGGAAACCAGCAACAACAACGCCAGACGAAGCUGUGAAAGCGGAGGAAAACUGGUCAGAAGAAAUGGCAAGAGACUUCGAUACAGGCGACAACCUUGGUCAGCGAGACUCUUCGAUUACUUCGACUCCGGGGUGAUGGAGGGUCUUCAGCACAGGUUACUUCAACUGGCAAAGUCGAGGACGCAAGGUCGUCUCGCGGAGACACCAGGAAAUUCGAUGGCCCUAACUAGUCAAGUAUUAGCUCGAAGAGUAGAAAUGGACGGAAAGACUAGAGUCCUGUUACGGUGGUACCCUCCAGACAUCGAACCAGACGAAUGGGUACUAGAGUCCGAAGUACAAAGCACGAAAAACGUCGAAAUACGAAAAGUGGCGUCGUCUCACCCGGAAGAAGUAAGUUUGGCUCUAUAUUCGGCGGUAAACGGCGGCAUGCCGUCACCGAUACGAGUAAAGCAACGCCGGAAACCGGUCAAGAACUCGUGAUAAUGCCGAUCAUGGUGUUCGAGAACAAGCGUGAUGAAGUAGCAACGAUUAAGCCAGAAAACGAAUACCGACGAGUCCUGUAUCAGGACAGUUAUGCUUUCUGGUCUGGAAAGGUGGAGCCUGACGAGAUUAAUCGGAACCUGAACGUGUCGAGAAGAGGAUCCGGGUAAGACGUCCUCUGACUGCAAGAGGAAACGCACGAUAUGAGCAUAGAUGGAUACGAAAACGUGUCCAUGUAGAAAAGAACCGAUGUUCGUGAAAGAUACUACAUUAUUAUAGAACGAUUCUAUGAAUCUGUGAGCUCUAUGAGCUUGUAUCGCGAGCCAGAACAAUAAAAAAGAGGGAGACGAAUAACAGACAAACAUUAAGAAUGUAGCUAAGAGUACCCACAGGGGAAGGAAAGAGUAAUACAUUCUAAUUUAUAUAGCCUAAAUUGAAACGAUCGUUAGGUGAUAUAUUAGUAGUCGUGGAUAGCGAUGAAAGAUAUUCUUGUUGCCUAUCGAUACCAAAUUUUGAUGAAACGACGUUGGGGUCGAUUCCUGCCACGAGUGCCUGUGAUAACAAAAGCGGUGACACUCGUCGGACUCGGAAGAGCUAGGUUUGGGCCUCAAAAGUGCCUCACCGUGGAAACGUUUUAUAUCGUUGACCGUCUUGCAAGACCAAUGAAAAGACGGCGGAGUUGAAUUAAAAUGAAAAAAUACAAAAAAAGGAAACAAUAACGCAGGAUGGAGACGAGAAUUUUACUUACGACUCAUGCGACGCAUUAACCGUGAGAGAAAAAAGAAAACAAAAAAAAAAAAAAAGAAAAGAAAAAAAGUGAGGAGAAGUAGGAAGAAAAAAAAAAUGCAAACUGUUAGACGUUAGUUAACGAUUGUAAGGAGAUAAUCACUCUGGUGGCCUUAGGAAUCAAUUAAUAUCUAACAACCGGCCCCUUGGCACUUCCGGGCCCCGUUUAAGUACCCCGAGAGAAGUCAGAAGAAAAGAAGAAGGGAUGUGAGGAAGGAAAACGUGAAACGCGGACCUCCUUCGACUUGCCCUCGACCCUCGACCAACUUUCAAAAGGAGAUGUAUCUACCUCGAUCUUCAGCUCGGUAGAAAUUCGUGCAGGCCGCUGUCGUGCGACAUGGGGAAGAUAAAAGAAGGAGGAGGAGAAGGAAGAUAAAGAGGAAGAAGAGGGACGUAAAGGGGGCGUGUACGCGUGGGUGCUGGGUUAUCGGAUAACGAAAUCUUGCGAAAAGACGACAACGGAAAGCAAUGGCCAAGGAAAGAACGUAAAAGGGUGUCAACGGAGAACGAAAGAGGAGAUAGUAAUAAAAAAAUUAAGUCGACGCGAAAGUUAAAACUGCAAAUCGUAGUCGGACGACUGACGAGCCAACGGGGUUUCUAUCGAGAUUUAUCCACUUUUCCCCUUCGAAAGAAAAUAUUGUACAAAAUGAAAUUAAAAUAAGAAACGAGCAAAUAAAGUGAAAUAAAGAAGAAGAAGGUCGAGGCCCGAGGCACGCUCGAGACUUAGAAAGGACGAGUUUGACUCGUUCGUGCCUAGAGCGUGUUCGACUUCUCGUGUACUUCGUCGUCGCCUAUUUUUAUCUUCCUGCUAAGUUACGUGCAGCAUGCCAAUGCGAACCUGUCGCUGCGUGGCGAGACAAAAUCGAACAAUCGUUUCUUUCCAUUUUAAUCCUCUCGUUCUUAUCUUCCGGUGGCCGAGUCGGCGCAAACAGAGAAAAAAUAGAAAGGAAAGAAAAGAAGGAGAUAAAGUGAAGCAGAAAUGUCCGGAUAAUCGAUCAUUUUCAUAACGACUAUCAUUCACCGUUCGUGAAGUUAUCGAGGACCGAUCAAGUACGUUCCACGUACGUACUUUUUGAAACUUUCUCAGUUCCAAGUUUUUACACGGUCGCAACGUUUUUCACCCGAUUCGAGCCGAAAAGGAGAGAACAAGAGAAAAUGGCAAGGAAACACAUUGGAGAAACGAGCCAAGACUUUGCGAUCGACUGUACAGAGCCGUGACAGAAGAUAUAUCAUGGAAUUGCCAGUCGGAAAUACCUGCGACAAAAGUAUAUGUAUAUCUCUGGAAAGAAAGCGGAUAGAAGGAACCAGCUAAUCGGCAGCGAGAGCGAAUGCAUCGUGCUGUACGACCGUAACGAAGAACUGUUACUACUCUGAAUAGAGAUAGAACACGAUGGCUGUGUUACAUUUUCCACAGAGUUACUAAAGGGUUGAGGGAGUAAUAUGAACGUGGAUCUGCGAAACAAAAAUAAGGAGGACUUACGGAACGAAGUGUGUCGGAUCGCUAUUUUCAUAGGUGUAGAUACGCCGAGAUCGUAGAAAUAUAUUUCUCGUAUCGCGCGGAAGAUGUCUGACAUCGUGGGAUGUGAUGCCGCACAUUGUACACAUAUAUACAUAAUUGUAGAGAGUAAAGAGAAUACUUGUAAAUUAAGAGGAGUAACAAGUGGAAGGGGUGAAAAUUCGUGUCGACGACGUGUUGUGUAGCUAGUACGGAAAACGAAAUGGUAAUCGAAUGUAAAAAAAAAAAAAAAAAUAAGCGAGAUGUAAAGGCCUGUAAACGUUCGAAAAGACAACUGGAAUGUAAGGGAGAAACUUGGGACACACACGGACAGAAGCACAUCUACACACACCAGCUAAGAAACACUGCCAAUACAAUACGAUUGUAAUUAAGAACGUUAGGCUAAUUGGUCGAUUUAUUCUUACUAUUAUUAUUACGAUUAACUGUAUAACCCGAUAGAUCUCUAGUUGCCGCGGAUGCAUAAGUGGCGUCCCGGUUGCUCCAGGCGCGUGCGCACGCGAAUUUUCCACCGGACAAAAUAGUUAUCGACGCCCGUUAGUUUCCUUCGUAAAAGUAUCGACGUAUGUAUAUGUAUAUUGGGGAACGUUCGCGCGUGCCAGUAAACGGGACGAUCGCGGAUGAGCGUGUAAAUAGUUAGUUGAAAUUAUCGAUAAAUUGCCUGGUGGUACGGGCCACCACUUCUAUCCCGGAGAUAUCGAACUCGUCGAAAGGGCGAGGCGCAGCCUAUCAGCUUGCGAAUUUCAAACCAUAAAGAGAUUCACCUUUUUGAUCGGAAUUCUCGUGCCGGGACACGCCUCGCGUGUUCAACGAGAAGGACGCCGCGGUGAAUUACGAGAGGGUGGCUGGUCUGGCUCGCGAAAAAUGGGAAACGAUACGAGCUCGAAGAAAAUGGAAACGCGUCACUGCCAAAUAUCGCGCACUGCCAGCCGUUUAAAUACUGCGGUAGUCGUACACCCUUAGAGCCUUAUUUCAUUCGCGGAGCAUCUUGCUUCUAUCUUAUUAGUUUCGAGUUUAGCGCGGAUUAUUGUUUCCUGUACGAGCUUAACCGGUCGCCCUCUAAUCGUUUAUACUUUGGAUUCUCUGUUUUCUUUUUUCUCUUUUUUUUUCUUUCUUUUUUUUUUUCUUUCGAAACGUGCAUCAAGAGAGCGUGUUUACUGCCAGUCUGACGACGACGAUGGACGCGAAACCAAGGCACUGCCAGCGGAACGUAAGACGGAGCAAAUCUGAAUCCCGUAUAACGUAUAUGUAUAUAGGUAUACAUGUAUACAAGCGAGUCAGCGUUGAACCUUAUAUAGAGACGCGGUCGAUUGAUGUCGUUUUGUCGCGCGACUUAUUCUGUCCGUUUUCCUCUUUCAUUUCUCGCCGACACGGUUCGUUUUCCUCGUUACCGUUAAACUUUUCAUUUAUCCCCUGUCGCUUUUGGCAUCUCCCCGCCAGUGCCAUACACGUGUACAACGUGUGCUGCUCGUUCCUUCUAAUUUUUCGUCGUGUUCGUCUCGCGCUCGUCUUCUUCUUCGUGUUCAUGUUUGUGUUCGUGUUUAUUCGACUUAUUUCGUGGCGUGAUCGCGAUUCGAUCGUCGUUCCUCUCGCUCCACUCUCGUCGCGUUUAGAUCUUUAGGAAAGGUAGCUCGAUAACAAAAAACAAAAAAGCUAUUAUCACGAGUGGGACCAAUUUCUCUCGUGCGGGAACUCGUGUUCGUAAUGUUUUCUUUUCUCUAUUAGGAAUCGAGCGUUACGUUUUUUUUUUUUUUUUUUUUUUUAGAGCAUUGUCGUCAAGCGUGUGGGAAUGCGACGGACUGUGUUUAAUCGUACAGAAAUAUCGAAUUAUCGAUUAGGUUUAGAAACGUCAUAGUAACGUUGUUUAGGUAGAAAUUACUAAGUUUACUUAAUACGAUUAGAUGUAAUUGUUCGGUUGCUUAGCGAGGGUGGAUCAGCGGGAGAAUCUUUCGGCCGUUCGAUCACGCUUGAUCUCGUGGCAGUGAACCGUGACGGAAAAUUUAGACCGAUACCGGAAUCUGACUUUUUUUCAAGCUGCCGCAACAAAUUUGUUCAACUGUUUAGAUUGUAAUCGUCAUAGUUCGCUUCGGAAAAGACUGUGCGCAUUUAGUGUUUAGUGUCUAAUUAUCGUAUAAUUUUGUGGAACGGAAAGAAAAAAGAAAAUCGGAUAAGAAAUUUAAAGCUGUGACUGAAAGAUUUUUUUUUUACUAGUUCUUUCAAUGAAUUAUCGUAGCAUAAAUAUUUUCGCUGUUUUCCAUCGUCCACCGAUUGGACCUAAGUGGCGCUAAUUUGAUCAAAAGAUACAAAAAAAAAAAACCCGCGAUUUAGCGAGGAAAGUUCUGUAUCGCGAACUUAAAGGCGGUAAAACAUCAAGACGGAAAGGGGGAAGGACAUAAUUGUUCACGUACCACCAUGUUUGUCGUUCAAAAAAUGAUUUUCGUACAUUUGUCUCUUUUUCAUUUUUUCUUCUCCUUCUUUUCUUUCCUUCGUGGGAAAGAAAUUCAUUCGUUCAUAGCCCUCCUCGUUCGACCUAUCCCCUUCUAAUCCCAUUUCUUUCGUAUUUCUUUUCUUUUUUUUUUUUUAUAUCGAGUUUUUCUUCGCGCUAGCGAUAGUAACUUUUACCCGCGCGAUUCUAUACAUUAGACAGUAAAUGUAUAUUUUAGCGGAUCUUGUAAAGUUUUACAUAAGAUAAUUAGAUAUCCAUUAGUAUUGGAAGCAAGAGUGACUCGGCCUGAAGAAUAGCUACGAAGCACACUUUGUUCGUUUCAAAAGAGAGAAUUUCUCAAUUUCAAAGAGAAUUUCGACGCGGUGUUCGUCGUCGAUCGUAGCUGUUCUCCCGGUUUUGGAUUUUGUACAUGUGUAUGAAAGAUAGAAGAGGAUAGAGUGGUUGUUAGAGUGAAUGAAAGAGAAAGAGAGUGAGAAAGAGAAUGAGAGAGAGAGAGAAAGUACCCGGCUAUAAUUAUAAUAGAUUGUUUAGCACUGUGUAAAUAAGAGACACAAUCGAUUACGAAUGUGAAUCACUUUGGGGCAAAAAAAGAAACCAUAGAGGAAAGAAACGAUGGGCGAAAAAGAGUGAGAGAAAGGGAGGAAGUUAGAGAGGGGAAGAAGAGUGCUGAUAAACGUCUCGUAUUUUUACAAAGAAGAUUAUACGAAAUAAUUUGAAACGAGAACGACGAGAGACGUGUCGUUGGUGGAUUUAUUACAUUUUUUUUUUGCCUUAUAUUUGGUUACGUGGUAUUAAUCGAUGUUUAAAAUAAAAAUCGCUAGCGGUCUAUUCCUUUUCCUUUCUUUUACUUUUUUUUUUUUUUUUUUUUUUUUUCUAAAAUAAGAAAACGGAACCAGGAAGAUCAACGACGAUUGCUCGGAGACAAAGACAUGUGUUCGUUAAAUGUAUUAUAUCACUCAUUCUUUUCUCAUCGAUUCGGCUGUCAAACUCGCAUAUAUUUGAAGCAUUAGACAUAGUGGAUAAGUUUGUAAAAAGAAAAAAAAAUAUGUAACGCGUGAAAUUGAACAGAAAUCUCCAUUCCAAUCGGUUUAUCGUUGACUAACGCGAUACGAUUUAACCCUUGAGUACGAUCUUUCGCGUGAAUCACGAAUUUGUCGAACACCGCGUGAGUUUUCCUCGCACGUUUACGCGCCCAUGCAAUUUCGAUAGGAUUUUAACAGUCGCACAGAUGAAAAAGCAAUACGUAUAAUACGAAUAAUCUCGCUAUGGCAACUAUCAACUUCUAUGAAUGGAACGUACUUAAGAGUUAAAUCGAGUCACUGCGAAUGCUGGUCGUGUCAGUGUUUCGGAACAGAAGCGAGCAACACGCUAUCUAACGAUCCAUUUGUCCUAUCUAUCCAUCGACAACAUAUCGAUUCAGAAUUCUAGUCGUCGAGAUCCUAACGUAAACAUAUUUUCUUUCGAAAUUGCUGCAUCCGAGAAAAACCGCGCGCCUAAAUUCCGAAACGCUUGCACGACCGUGCGUUCAUGUUCGAUAUUAGGACGAAUUUCGCUGUGUUUCUCGAUGAACAACGAGGGAAGGGUUCGGAGCCUCGUUCAUCGUCGACGUGAGAAAGAAACGAAACGACGACUAGUUAAGGUAGAACUUGUCCGAACACGGCUUUCUAGUUUUCACGGCUCUCUCUGAAGCAGCGCUUGCAAACGCUAGAGCGAAUCGCGCGUCCUUCGUAAAAAUACAGCGGGACAUGGCUUGUAAAUGUACAAAAAAAAAAAGAUGAUUACGAAAAUAAAGUAAUAGAAUUAGAAAGAUUAACAGGAAGAAAGGAAGAAGAACGACGUUUUACCAAUGUAAAUAUGAAUCAUUGUCGCGCUUCGAAAUUUUCGUCGAGCGCGCGGCUAGGGAUAGCGUAUUACGAAUAUAGUGUUUGCAUUUAUUAUAAAUUCUAUGUAAAAAUACGACGAGGAAGAAUGGACGUUGGGAGAGAUUGUUUCUUAUAGACCAUAUCGGUAUAUCUAAUAUAGUAUCGACGUUCCUUUUGUAAACCUUUCCAUAUCGUUUGUUCGCAACGAGCUACACCUAUUCCCUAUUUAUCGUACACGAUGUUUAGGUACUCCUGGUAUGCGCACGAUCGUUCCACGUUGUUUCGUUCGGUUUGCCCUCUGUUGGACGCGUAACGCGCUUUUCGACGUUCGUCAUGAGUGCUGCGAUAUCGCUUCGGUUAGAAGAAAAGGCUUGUCUCUUGUAUAAAAGUAGAGGAAUAAUAGCGCAUAGUUUCGAUUAAUACUUGAAAUUCUAGGCUACGUAGAGAACGCGUGUGACGGUCUCGCUUGUCAUCGUGCGUAAAAUAAAGGUAAAAAAGGAGCAAAGAAAGAGUAACGCGAAGAAAUAGAUGAGAUAUUUCAGUCGUGUGUCAUUGAUCGGUAGGGAACCGGGAAUCGGCACCAUCGAAAUACAGUGUCUUUCAACAUUGAAAACUGGAAAGCCCACUCUAAUCGCUUUUACUUGAUCGUUCAUUGCGAGAUAUAUCCGUGCGAAGAGCCGAUCGUUUCUUUAGCGACCUAAUUUUUCCACGAUUCCGAUGAAGUGGCAAUAAAUUGUCAGUAAUUAGGCGGUGCUCCGGGAAACGGUAUAGAGGCGCGAUUGGUAUCGCGAAAAUAUUUGCUGGAUUUUAUACGAUGAAAGAACUAUCGUGACAACCAAGGACAAUCAGUUGCCACUUCGUUGCAUCAAUUGUGUUUCCAGCAUAUACUAUGUAUAACGAUAGUACGAAACACACGGGAAGGAAAAACAAUCGAGGAAAACGAAGGAAAACGAUAAACUAUCGCUUCGCACUGCCAAACGGGGAAGAAAAAUGGGAGCUCAACGUCUCGCGUUCGUUGCGUUGACCGAUCCUGUCGAGCGAUCGUCGAAAGCACCGCGGUGUUCAUUGUAAUCCACAUAGUGGUACCCCAAGAGAAUAAAAUAAAAAAAAAAAAAAUGAGAAAUAAUACGUGUAAGAGGUAAUAUACUUAGAUAAAGCGCACGCGAAGAUUUUUUAAACCCGUAUUAAGCGCGAAAACAGAGAAGAAACUAAGCGUUGAACAGUGCUUUUGACUUUUUGGAUACUUUCAUGUACAAACACGAAUGACGGUUUAUAGCUCAAGGAAAACAUUAAAGAGACAGAUAUUGUAAGAGAGUAAUAAUAAUUCGACGGUUACGAUAUCGUAA